AAUAAUUAUAGCUAAACCUAACCUAACCUAACCUAACCAGCACAGAUUUAUUUACAGUAAUAAUUGUGGAGAUUGUCAAUGGCAUUUUGACCAAAUCACCCCUCACCUCCUCUCUCUCUCUCUCUCUUCCACUGUUUCUCCAACCUCCAUAACAAUAGAAGAACCAGGAGAACACUGCACAGCGGGUCUGUUCCUAAGCUUCAGCUCUCACCCCCCUCAACAGCACAACGGACAGCAAGCCCUGCAACUGCGAGGACUGAGAACAACGCAAGGCAAAGCGGAGCACGAGAAGAGGAGGAGGAGGAGGAGGAGGAGGAGGAGAUGGGGCUGACGAGCCCAUUCAAGGAGCAGCCAGCUCAGUCCCUGACCAGGAAGCUCCUGCCAUGGACCAUCUAUGCUCUGGCCUCCAUUGCUCUGUUCCACCUCUACUUCUAUCCUCUCACUUUCAACGAUUCUCCGGCGUACGAGCUCUCUCGGCCCACCCCCAUCCUCAUCUCCUCUUCCUUCUCCUCGUCGUCCCCUGCUCCUUUCCUUAAAGAAGGUCGAGAAGAGAAAGAGGGAAGGGAAAGGGAAAGUGAACCACAGCCCAGCUGUGACUACACCAAUGGCAGGUGGGUCCAGGAAUUAACCGUGGGGCCCCUAUACAAUGGCUCGAGCUGCGGUACGAUCAAGGACGGUCAGAACUGCAUGGCACAUGGGAGGCCCGACCUGGAGUUCCUCCAGUGGAGGUGGAGGCCCCACCAGUGUUCCCUACCGAGGUUUGACCCCAAUACGUUUCUUGACAUCCUCAGCAACAGACACAUUGCCUUUGUUGGGGAUUCCAUGGCCAGGAAUCAGCUAGAGUCGCUCCUCUGCAUGCUGUCCUCUGUGUCUGCCCCUAACCUGGUCUACACGAACGGGGAGGACAACAAGUUUAGGAAGUGGCACUUCCCCAGGGAGAAUGUCUCUGUGUCUGUUUACUGGUCUCCUUUCCUCGUCAAGGGGUUGGAGAAAUCUAGCGCAGGGCCUGAGUAUAAUAAGCUCUUCUUGGACUCGGUCGAUGAGAGGUGGGCUUCAGAUUUGGGGAGCUUAGAUAUGGUAGUUCUGUCGAUUGGGCACUGGUUCCUCCACCCAGCUGUGUACUUUGAAGGGGAUUCCGUUUUGGGCUGCCACUAUUGCCCCGGUGUGAACUACACUGAGAUUGGGUUCUAUGACGUGCUGAGGAAGGCCCUAAGGACGACCCUCAAGGCUGUGUCGGAGAGGAGCCGGGCUAAUGGCGGGAAGGGAAAACACAUGUUUGUUACGACAUUCUCACCCUCGCAUUUCGAGGGUGACUGGGACAAGUUCGGGGCAUGUCCCAAGACCCGGCCCUAUGAGGAAGGCGAGAAGCCACUCGAAGGCAUGAAUGCAGAGAUGAGGAAAAUCGAGCUGGAAGAGGUCCAAUCUGCCAAGGAGGAUGCGCGUGAUAUAAACGGGUUCAGGCUCGAGGCCCUGGAUGUGACCAGACUGUCACUGCUCAGGCCUGACGGGCACCCAGGCCCGUACAUGUACCCAUCCCCAUUUGCAGAUGGGGUCAAGGAUCGAGUCCAGAACGAUUGUGUCCACUGGUGCCUGCCUGGGCCGAUCGAUACGUGGAAUGAGAUCUUGCUGGAGGUGAUCAAGGGGUGGACACGUCAAUCACUCCGAAGAUGAACUACGAUAGCGAGGGAAUGAGGUUUUGUGUAAUGGACAUCAUUCUUCCCUAGCAAAGAGCCAAGUGGAAAGAGGAGAAAUGGUCUCGGGUUCUAAUGGAAGAAAUGAGGAUAGAUCCAAACCUAAUGGCAGAAGGCUCUCUUAUGGUGGUGCCAGACAUGGUGAUGUCCUCGGAAGAUAGUGUUAGGAAAGAUUCCUCUGCAAUAAUGUUGGUUUUGUGAAUUCAAUUGAUUGUUGUUGGAAGAUUGUGCUGUUCUGUUCGUUUGCAGAAAGCUCAGUCAUACUUGGGUAGCCUUCAUUUUUGUCUGUACAGAAACCUUUGUCAUUUGUUACCCAAAUUUACAGCAUUCCUCCUCCU